UGGCUGUUCGCCGGCAGUGCCUUUGAAGGGCGGCGGGAGGCGGCGAGCGCGAUGGCGAGCUUGGGUCUUCUGCUGAGAGUGCUGGGCCUGGUCCUGUGCGGGGCGGCGAGCCUUGGGCUGUCCGCUCCUACCGCCCCCACCUCCAAGGAGCCCAUCAUCGGAAUAUUAAUGCAAACGUGCCAUAAUGAGAACAUGAAAAUCCUGGGAAAAUACUAUAUUGCUGCAUCCUAUGUAAAGUAUCUGGAGUCCGCAGGUGCAAGAGUUGUACCCGUAAGGCUUGAUCUUAAAGAUGAAGAGUAUGAAAAGCUUUUCAAGUCUAUUAAUGGGAUCCUUUUCCCUGGAGGAAGUGUUGACCUCAUGAAUUCAGGUUACGCCCACGUGGCCAAAAUAUUUUACAAGUUGGCCAUACAGGGUUUUGGUAAUGGAGACUAUUUUCCCACGUGGGGGACCUGCCUUGGAUUUGAAGAGCUUACGUAUCUGGUCAGUGGAGAGAGCUUAUUAACCCUCACAGAUACUGUUGGAAUUAAAAUGCCACUGAACUUCACUAGAGGUCCAUUGCAGAGCAGAAUGUUCCAGAAUUUUCCUGCUGACUUGUUGCUGUCAUUAGCAAUAGAACCUCUGACUGCAAACUUCCACAAGUGGAGCCUCUCUGUGAAGAAUUUUACAAUGAAUGAAAAGUUAAAGGCGUUUUUCAAUAUAUUAACUACAAAUACAGAUGGCUCUAUUGAGUUUAUUUCAACAAUGGAAGCGAUACUGCAGCUUAAGUACGUGCUGCAGACAACAGCGAAAAGUGUGACUGACAUACAGGAAAACACCUUCCUAAGUAAAUACAUUGAUGAAGUGACAGUAAGGGUGUUCAGGCCCCAAAUUGCAGGAGGUAAGUGGAGUAUUUAAACCAGCCUUAUUAUUGAGUCAGGAGAGCUUGAGAUGAAGCUCAGGAACCCCCUCCCUGGAGAGUACCCCCGUGGAGCAGGACGCGGAAGGCUGGACCCUCCGUGAAUCCUGCCUGCACAACUGCAGGGAGAGUUUGCCAUCCUGAACCGUAGCGCUAAGCGGGUGGGCUGGUAAAUCAGUAAAGCCCCGAGUGUUUUCAUGACAGGCCGGUCUAGCGUGGCCCACGCUAUAAGACCUGGGAAGUUCGGCACAUCUUGAGUCAAAAAGUGCGUUUGAAGUUAUAUCGGACUGAUAGUGCCUCAACGUGCGUGUCAGAAACAAACGUCAGUAGUGCUCUCUGGAGGAACCUGCAUUUUUCCGGGACUUUUAAGAAGUUUCCAUAUGAGGUUUUAAGGAAAGUGAUUGGUUCACAGCCAAAACAUCACAAGUGCACAAGGAAGCAAAGUACCAUGAAUGAGAGCUUGCAGAAGCAGUAGGUGGUUUCUCAGCUGGCGAGACUGAUUGGUGCUACUGGCGAGGCCCGAGCACUGGACUGGAGUCAACUGGGACGAGGCAGAAGUAGUUCCCGCUACUCGCAGGUUGUGGCCGUGUCACUGGCUCCCUUGUUGGGGGAGGUCAGAUGUCUGAAGGUUCAGAAACGACCUCCCCGGAAUUCUGGGAAGGCUGACGAGUCCAGUCUGAAGUGAACCACUCUGAGCUUCUCUCUCUAACCCUGUUUCCCCUCCUGUAUUUCUUACUUUAGUUGACAGCGUUGCCAUUCGCCACAUCAUCUAGUGUUGGCUGUCCUUGACUUCCGGCCCUCAUCCUCCACAUCUAAGAAGUCCGUGCCACUUGCUACUUCCCACAUCCUUCUUGGGAAUUCCUCUUCCCAGAUCUCUCUGCUCCUCCUGUCCGACUGCAACAUAAACCACCCGCCGCCUGUGUUGCCGCAGGCGCUCCUAACUGUUCCACAGACCUGCCUUCCAGCCGGUCACCAGCAAUCCCCCGAGAUUCCAGUCUGACCACAUUGCUUGGGGAGAAAGCUCCUCAGUGGCUCUUCAGCGCUUGGAGGAUGGAGUCUGGAUUUCCCAGUCAUUUACUCAAGGUCUCCCCCACAGCCAUCGCUAGCCUGGAUUCCUUGCACCCUGUUCAGUACACACAGCCCUCCACAGAGCAGCACUUCUGGCCCCCGUGCUUUUCCUUACGUUCUUUCCUCUCCUCUGAAAAGCUUUCCUUCCUCCCCAUUCCCUUCUGCUGAUGGCCUCUUAGCUAGCUUUAAGAACUCAGGGCAGUGGUCAGCUCCUGGAGGCCAUCCCUGCCCGUUAUCCUUUCUUGCCACAUCCUCAGUGCUCCUCCUUUAUACUUGCUCUGCACUUCCUAGGAAUGUCUCUUUGCACUUAUUUGCUCAUGUUCUGUCUUUCCUCCUAGGCUAAGACCUCACUGAGAGCUGGGACUCUGUCAUUCUUUGUGUUUCCAGGACUUUAUGGAAAUCUCAGUAGAUGUCGAAUAGAUGAGUAAUUAUUUAAAUGAAAGAGUAUUGGCUUGGAAAUUAGGGAAUAGGACUUCAUGUUGGUUCUGUUCCUGGCUAUGUCAUCAUACCAGGCUCAUUUGAAAUUUUUAUCUUCUGAAAGUUUUCUGACACCUACUAGAUAGAAACACUUGAGAUGCUCCUAUAUGCGCAUUUCCUUCCUGUUCUUGAUAUUUUGUUCUAAAUUAGUGAGCCAGGGCAUGAUUCCUAGAGUUGUCAGGAACCUGCAUUGAUCUUUUAUUGACGCAGUUUACAAAAAAUGAGUAAAUCUCAACUUGCUUCUGAAUGUCAGUGUGUAUCUCUGUCCUAUCCAUUCAUCUAUCUGAAAAAUCUUUAUUACAAUUUAUCACUUAGGGUAUUUCUUUUUUUAAAUAAAUUUAAUUAAUUA